AUGCAAUUUUCUCUUCUUGCUUCUGUCCUUGUUCUUGCUUCGUCCGUCGUUGCUUCCCCUGUAGAGAAGCGUGCUUUCUUCAACCGCGGUGCUAAGUUGACUUGGUACGCUGGCAAUGCAUUGUCUGCACCUGCAUGCGGUGGUCCAACCCCCUCUGAUAAUGACAUGGUGGCAGCCGUGAGUCGCUCCUCGCAGUUUAAUUGCGGUGAUGAGCUCACUUUUGAAUAUUACGGCAAACACUCUAAAGUGAAGGUUGUGGACAUUUGCGAGGGUUGUGAUGCGAAGUGGUUCGAUCUGAGCAAGGCUGCUUUCUCUGCCCUUGAAGCCCUUGAAGUUGGUGAGCUCAUUAACGUUGACUUUUGGAAGUAA